CCCGGCCUUUCGUCCGACCGCGAUUCUCGCGCGCGGGAAGAGGGCCGGACGGCGGGCGGGCGGAAUAAUUGAUUGUAAGUGCGUAGUACCCGAGUUGUAAGUCGCGUUCCAGAAUUUCUACUCCGCCGUCGCACUCAACCCGCGACCGACGUCAGAUUCGGGUCGGAUUCCCGCGUUUUGCCGCCGUCCCUUCGAACCCGUCCCGACGUUUUUUGCCCUCCCUCACUCCGCCUCCCUGGCCGCCUGUUUUUCUCAUCAGCGCCUUUGCGUUGCCUUUGCAGCACACUACCGUUUAUCCUGGUCUCAAUAGCCGUCCGGACGCCGUGCACGCAAGUCGCCGAUCGUCGCCGGGCCGCAGUCCGCUCCGACCUACGUCAGCGUCAACGCAACGACCGGUCGUCGUCAUGUAUCGACCGAUCAAAGAUACCUUUCAGUUGGCUACUCCUGAACCUAGUGAACCCAGGACGAACGUCGUUCCCGCUGGAAACACUGUAGUUGAUGAGAUAUUGUACGCCUUGCACUUGAUGUCGAAAACUCGUUUGGUAUUGUUUAUCGUAACGAUUUUUAUGUGCUUUGCACUCGUCGUUGUCGUAUUGUUUGUUAUACCGUGCGAGUGGUCCAGCUGUAUCAAGUCCACGAAAUUGAAGGAAGGCCAGCCGCUAUGGACUGAAUCGGUUUUCACGGAUAUCGAAUUGAAAGGCAAACCGAGUGUGAUCGAGUUGGACAAAAAAAUCAAAAGAUUGGUGUUCAUAGUGCAGGGGUCAAUUUUGAACAGUCAGACUGUGCCGCCCAGAACGGAGAGAUUUCCAUCAGGCGGAGGUGGUUUGUUGCAGCUGGACACGCUUACUGGCAAAGAGAUGUGGCGUAAACGCUUGGAUCCGCUCCCCGAUAAAGUCGAUUGCACAUUGCUGAAUGAGUACCACAGAGAAGACAGUGAUGUAUUUUGCAUAGUCGGAGCCACAGCUGGCAACUUGUUGGCAGUUGUAUCUAGCGGUCUGCAUAAAGGGGAACUCAUUUGGAAACACACUAAGGGUCAGAUGGAAACAAACACCACCAAGUUUUACAGUAAAAAAGACAUAGUGUACAUAGAAUUUCCAGUUAUUGUGCCCGACUGCAAUAAGGACGGCGUGAACGAAAUGGCUUUAUUCCAGCACAUAAACGACAUUCCGACAUUACUUAUCGUAUCUGGCAAAAACGGCAGGCCGAUGAUAAAUAAUUUCAACAACGACAAUUGUACCAAGAUGUCCGAUCUCGUUUUGGGCCACGACAUGUCUCUAGUGUUCAUAUGCCAUAAAAGUGUCGGAACAGAUAGCAUUGAGAAUCUUCCGUUAAAGGAAAUGUUGAACUGCACCCCAGAUUGGGUACCCGAAGAUACCGAUGAUUUCCCAAAACACCAUCACCAUCCGAUUGAUGAAAACCAAUACUCAGUGGUUGCAGGUCACUUUCGUUUGAACAUUAUAAACAGCCAUUAUGACUGCCCUACCCAAUGCAAAGUUAUCAUGAACGUGACAAACAGCAGUGGCGAUGCGGUUUGGUCAAAACAUUACAACAAUUCCUACGCAAUGAGUCCAGUGACAUUUGAUCUACGAAACAAUAUAUCCGGUUUCGUCAUCAAAUUAUGGAUAUGGUCUUCCGAAAAGAACAAUAACGAUCACUAUGUUAACGCUGAAAAAAUUGUGCACAUCGAAGAGAAAACUUUGUUGAUUUUCUAUAACUGUACUAGAGACGUGAACGUGAAAGAAUUGAGUUCCAAGAAAAUUUUACAAGUGUGCGAAAAAGAUUCAAACUGUCAACCGAAGUUGGAAUAUCAAAAACACUCCAUGGAAUUAAUGGACAUGGACAACAAAGGUUACCAAGAGCUCGUUACGGUUUUGUCUACGUUCCAAUUGGACAACACUCCCAGUAAAUUUACCGUCAAAGACAAUCGCGUGUUGCAGCUGGUUUCCAAAGUCAACGUUUACCCGCUGGAAGCAUCGCUUGUCCAGCAUUAUGAAACCGGAGAUUACCUUUAAGGCGGAUACGGUCAUCGAUUGUUGUUCUACUGGAUUCAUCACAUACUACGAUAUAAUUUAUAGGAUAAUAGUAGCACGCGAUCUCUAGUAUCGCAUUAUCAAUCUCACGGUCAACACUGGUCCAGUCGAAGGCAUACGACAACAUUAGGCUUAACUGUGGCCAGUUUUGAUCAAACAUCACUCACUACAUAUCAGAGUAGAGUAAAACAAUUUGCGUAUACCAAUAAUAUUAUUACCCAAUAUUUCAACAAUAUACAUUUGUUCAAUAGCGGUUCUUAAUUUUAUAAAUACUUGUAGGAGAAAAUUAGAAUCAUCUAUUGUACACAUAGAUUUACAUUAGAAAAUAAUGCGUAACUAUGACACUUUUUUUUCCGUUAUAUUAAUAUUAUGUGCACCGUAAGUCACAGUUACCUAUUAUAUGAAACGACGAGCACUACAAUUGAUUCACAUUUGCACAACGACUUAGGAGUCUUACUUUAAACAUAAAUAAUAAUAAUAUGUUACCUACAAUACGUUUUUUGAAAUAGUAUUAUUACUAUAUUAUUAUAAAUAGUUUUGAAAUAGCACUUAGGGUUAGUCUAUAAAGAUACAGAUCAUAUUAUGCUAAAACUGUGAUGAAAUAAAAAUUAAUCUUCUAAAAUUGGUGAUUCAAUUAGUUUUCAAGAAGGGUUUUCUUUGAUUUUCUUACAAGCAACAAGUGAUAACGAUUUUGCCAAUAGAUUUUAUACUCUAUUCAAUCUCAAACUCUUUAAAAUGUUUUAAUAAAAUAAAUUUUGAUAAGGAUUUAAACGAAAAGUAUUCUGAUA